UUCCUGCACAGUUACUGGCUUCUCCAUUUUGAGGCAGCUCACUUCUUGGGGAUUUCCUCAAUACAGCUAUGGGCCUGGGUGCCAAUUGCUCCCCAUGGCACUGACCUUAUUCUAGAGUUCAAGGACCAUCAAAGGGGUCCCCAAAGAGUCCUUCUGGGCUCUUUCCCCAUUAUCUUACCAUCCUACCAGUCAGAGAGAGGAUCGUUAUUGGAGAUCUACUGUUUACUAACGUAUUGGAUGGAGGUGGUGCCUGCUCUCAUGGCAGAGGGAAAGACCUCAUCCACUGAUACUGCAGACGCCAGCCUGAAUGAGUGUUCCAGAACCCAAGAAAAGCGAGAUGUGGUGUUGCUGUUCAUAUCCUUGUUCCAUGCACAACCACCUCUGUUUCACCUGCCUCAUAUCCAGGAGCCCUUUAUCCCUAAUGUGGAACAGCUGAUUCUGGGCCAGAAUCACAGGCAGGUAGACCAUGGCCAGGCUCAGUUCCCAGCAGGAAAGCUCUGUCACCUGCAGGAUCACAAAGUGAACCUUCACAGAGCUCUCUGGGGUGAGUGCAUUGUUGCACCCAAGACUUUCAGCUUCCCUCGCUGUCAGGGGACCUGCCUGGCUCUGACCAGUGAGCCCCAUCACUCCAGCUCUGAGUGCUACAAGAAGGAGGCACCUACCUGUUCCUGGCUCUUCCAAGUCUGUGGUCCCAUCAAGAUGAGGCUUUUCUCCUUGAUGGUCCAGGAUGAUGAAUACAAGAUGAGCGUGCACUUCCUGAACACAUCCCUGAUAGAAAAGUGUGGCUGCUCCUGAGAUACCCUGGAGGCUCUUGUGGGUCCCAUACCCACUCAAAUCUCAGGACUCUAGUGAGGGACUGGGGUUGACACUGGAAAUAACUAGAGUUCUUUGGAGGGUGAGGGGAUUCGAUUAUUUUUCAAAGCCCAGUAAGAAGGAUGGCAUUAUGGUAGUCACUCUGCCUUGGCCACUUUUCUUUGACAUGGGCAGAAACUUUGUACUGCUAUUCUCAGACAUUCCUGUUCCUAGGGCUGGGCCUAUUAGUUGUCCAGACAUCUGAACAUUGCUCUGUCCUGGAUUAUGUCAGUGAGCCAUGCUUCAUGGAGGCCACUUAAGUGGGAAAAGAGGAACCAAAAUAGGUGGGUGUGUUCUUGGGUUGGAGCUAAAACGGUAUUGGUUAAAAGGGGCUGUUUCAGAUCCUUCUGGGCUAUUCUGCCAUUGUCCUGCUCUGUACCACAGGCCUGGAGCUGGUCCAAAGCUGGCCUAGGCCUUGGAAUGUUGCUUCCUCCCCACCUAGCUUGCCUGGCUUCUUCAGUGAGUGAAGGCUGUGUCCGAGGGAGUGUCCUGUCACAGGCUAUGCAUGGAUUCAGGGCACCAAGGCCUUCACAACUACCUGGUGAGAGUCGGAUCAGAGCCUGGAUGUUGCUGGGAGUGGAGGAUGUCACUUGAGACUGAUCUUUGGUGGAGGGGGUCUUUGGACUCAUGGAAGGAUUAAGUCCUUCAUUAUUUAAGGCACUUCCUGCCUGAUGACUUCAAUGAUUAGCUUUAUUUACUCUCUUCAAUAAAACUCCACUAACAUCA